AUGUCGUCCAACAUCACCCUUUAUUCCUGGACCACGCCGAACGGCAUCAAGGCCUCUAUCACCUUGGAGGAGCUUGGUUUGCCCUACAAGAUUGAGCCGAUCGACAUUAGCACCAAUAUUCAGAAGGAAGACUGGUUCUUGAAGAUUAACCCCAAUGGUCGCAUCCCCGCUCUCACAGAUGGCUCGCAGCGUGUUUUCGAAAGCGGAUCGAUUAUGCUGUACCUUGCCGACAAGUACGAUACCGAGCGAAAGAUUAGUUAUGCGCCCGGCACCCCCGAAUACAUCGAGCAGCUCUCUUGGGUAAUGUUCCAGAUGGGUGGCCUGGGUCCCAUGCAGGGUCAAGCAAACCACUUCCGGCUCUUUGCUGGUGUCCGCUCCGACUACGGCAUUAAGCGAUACACCGACGAGACGAAGCGACUCUACUCGGUCCUGGAUUCCCGCUUGAAGGAAAGCCCAUACCUCGCUGGCUCAAAGUACACAAUUGCCGAUAUUGCCAACUACUCGUGGGUUCGCAGCGGUCCCGGCGCCCUAGAGAUUGACCUCUCCGAAUUCCCUGCUCUGAAGAAGUGGGCCGAUGAGAUUGGGCAGAGGGCUGCGGUGCAGAAGGGAGCAGAUGUACCUCACACUGGUCGCACGGAUGCGGAUCGUGCGGAAUUCUUCAAGAGCGCCCGUGCUAGAAUUGACGGCAUGGACAACUCCGAUAAGCAUUAA